CCCAACAACUUCUGACUCGAGUGCCGGAGUCGACGGCUAGUGAGGUCCAUGCAGCAGUGGCUGCUGCAGAGGAAGGUCAAAGUUACUGGUCUCAGUUGCCCUUGUCAAAGAGAAGAGUACCACUCUUACGACUGAUCGAGCUGAUGCGGGUCAAUGAAAACGAAUUAGUAUGGAAUCAUGCACAUCUCUAUAAACUCCCAUCAUGUUCGCUAAUGUAUCUACUCUUUCCCAGAUCGGUGCAAUCGUGCGCGAAGUUGGAAAAACGAUUGCCGAUGCAAGGUCUGAAAUCUCGCGCGCUAUCAAUAUGAUUGAAGCUGCACUCUCUGUCACGAGCAGCAUUCUGGGAUUUCACUUCAUCAACGAAGCAACAGCAACUAGUACUAUCAACGAGCCGCUAGGAGUCUGCGUGGCAAUCACGCCCUUCAACUUCCCCUUGAUGACGCCCAUGUGGCUCGUUCCAUUUGCCGUUGCUACUGGGAAUAGUGUGGUACUCAAGCCGUCUGAGCAGGCGCCACUGACCAUGACGGUUAUUGCGAAGCUCUUUGUAGAAGCGAAGUUUCCUCGGGCCGUCUUGAACAUCGUGCAUGGAGGUCCUGCUGUGGUGGACAAGUUAAUCACUGAACCUGCCGUCAAGGCCGUCUCGUUCAUCGGAUCGGACGAGGCCGGAGCACACGUCUACAAGACCGCCAUCACCGCCAUGAAAAGGACUCAGGCCAACUGCGGAUCCAAGAAUCAUGGAGUCAUUCUACCCGAUGCCGACGUCUCUUCCACCCUGCAUGCUCUUGCAGCGAGUGCUUUCGGCGCUGCUGGUCAGCGAUGUAUGGGCCUCAGUGCCGCUGUGUUCGUUGGCGAGAGUCGAACGUGGAUACCGGCCUUGGUUGAGAUCGCAAAGCAAUUCGUCGUCGGGUCGGGUGCUACACCUGGAGUAUCACUGGGGCCCGUGAUCAGUCGCAAGGCCAAGAAAAGAGUCGAAGAUAUCAUUCAAAGCGCUGCGGAUGAUGGGGCAGACAUACUUCUGGACGGUCGUGGUGUCAAAGUCCCCGAUUUCCCUGAAGGCAACUUCAUCGGCCCAACCGUAAUAUCAAAUGUGCAGACCUACAUGGAAUGCUACCAGAAGGAGAUCAUGGGCCCGGUACUGGUUUGCCUACAAGUCGACAAUCUGGAGGAAGCUAUUGAAGUCUUGAACGAGAACAGAUAUGGCAAUGGAUGUUCCAUAUUUACGACGAAUUCUGGAAAGGCAAUGACGUUCCAGAAAAAGGUGAACAUUGGCCGUAUCGGCAUCAAUGUUCCUCUACUGGCCACUUCAGGUCAAGUCUCCAACAGCAGUAACAAGGACUCAUUCCUCGGAGACAUCAACAUUCACGGCUUCAAAGGCCACCAGUUCUUCACCACAACCAAGACAAUCGCGACACUAUGGAAAGACUGAGUUUUUGAUCGACGCAAACGACGAUUCGCUCUCCCUUGUCCAAACAGGAGAACUUCCUGCAAUCAAAGAAAGAGUCUCAAUGGAUGAAGAGUUGAGAUUCACGAAGGUGAGUCAGGGAAAGAUACUCGUUCA